GCAUUAGUUGCCGGCCUACAGUUCCCGACAUGACUUGUGCUUCUGUACCGGUGGAAACUUAGUUGCUGAAUGACUGAAGUGAAUUUUGUCAUCUCCCGGACGCCGUGUAUGCAGUUGAUUCGACAACUUCCGCUUUACUCAAUGUGUUACAGUUGGCCACACCAUCACCAUCUCUGACAUCCCUGACCGUGACAGGAGGUCUAACUGUACCAGGUAACACAGCACAGCCAUGAGGGGACUUUGGGGCGGAGCGGCUGCAUUAGGGUCGGUGUCUGUGGCGUUUGGCUCGAUGCUGUGGUCACAGCAGAAGACUAAACCGGAAAAGGCUGCUACGGGUUCCAACCAUGCUGACACCAACGCUGAUUCCCCAUACGAGCUAAAGCUGGUCCAGAUCUUGUUCCGACAUGGCGCCCGAACGCCCCUAAAGUCAAUACCUGAUAUUAUGGAGGCCCAGUGGGUGCCAACGCUUUUGGAGCCACCGCCGCACACCAGCAUCGACUAUGUAGUGACAGAUCUUCAGGGUGGCCCCAGGCCCCCGGCUCCUAUAGAAGACAGCUAUCGGAAAAACAUACUUAGUGGUGGCACAUUCCCUGGUCAGCUGACCACACUGGGCAUGCAGCAGCUGUAUGAGUUGGGCAAAAGACUAAGGGGGAGAUACAUUGAAGAAAGCGAUUUCCUUACCUCCACAUUUAACCCAGCUGAGGUCUACGUGCGCUCCACUAAUAUUGUGAGGACCAUUGAGUCUGCCAAGUGCCUGGUUGCAGGGCUCUUCCAGCAAAAACAAAAAGCAAUUGUGCCUAUUUUAACAUCGGAGGCCGAAUCUGAAAUCCUGUAUCCUAACUAUCACGGAUGCAAGAUGCUUAAAAUCCUUUGCGGCCACCGCUGGGCAGAGUCGACCACUCUGCCAGACAUCGCAGCAGACCUGCAGAGCAUCCAGAGCGAGCUGGGGAUCGCUGCUCACCAGAAAGUUGACUUCAUCCUCAUUAGGGAUGACAUGGUUGCCAGAGAGACACACGGCCUGCCCUGCCCUCAAGUGCUCGACACCUGGAGGGAUAAAGUGGAACAAAGAGCCGUGGAUAUGAUGUGCCAUAUCUUCGAGCCCAGCAAGAGCUUCACAGGCUGCCUUUCUCUUGCUGUCUGUGGCAGAGAGAGCUUGCAGCUGUCUGUGGGACCUCUCCUGCACAUGUUGGUGGACAACAUCGAGGAGAAACUACAGGGCACCUCAUCAGAGCCAAGCAGGAAGGUGUUUUUGUACUCCGCACAUGACACCACUCUGAUUCCUUGUCUCUUGGCUUUGGGGAUUUUUGACAUGAGAUGGCCACCGUAUGCCGCUGAUCUCACUGUGGAGCUGCACCAGAACCGGAAAACGAAUGAGGCCUUUGUUAAAGUGUCAUAUGUAGGCGAGGAUCAACUCAUACGGGGUUGUAGUGCAGUCUACUGCCCCCUGGAGGAGUUCAAACAGAUCCUCUCCACAUACUCGCUGAGCCCUGACGACUACCACUCGCACUGCAACAGAACCGUAGGCCCGACCGAACCCUGAACCUUGAGCAAGCCUUUGCAUCGGCACACCGCUGACAGCCAGCACGCAUCAUGCCUUUUUAACGUCCUCAGUCCUCUCUCCAUCCAGCCGGCAUCAGUCAUUAUCAUCUCACUGUCAGAGCACGCUGGAGUACAGCCACUUUUGUAGAGCUUUCGGGUUACACCGCUUGCUUUCAGGAGUCAACAUCAUCUUGUUACCAUGGCAAUCACAUUAAAGGUGCUAUAAAUGACAUUUUGAAGCACUGAAUGGUGCACUAGAGCACUGGCAUCUUAAGACCAAAGCAAUCACCCCCCACCCCCUUUCUCUCUGCAAUUCAUUUACAAACAGAAAGGUUGUGCACACGUGAGCCAACAAAAAGCAUCCAGCCCCGACCAUCACUCUAUGCAAACACAGUAAAAGCCAUUAAAUGGCUGUGAUAUGCUACAUGCCCACCCACCAUCAGCGGCGCUUUUCCCAUGUUUUUUGUCCUGCAUUCAGAUUGGAUGUAACACACACACACAGAUUUUGUUGACAUCUUAGAUGGACUAACAAUUGAUGGGCUGCUUUUAUUGCGCUUACUGUAGUAACAUUACCUUGACUUCCCCUGCCUCUUCUGUUUGUGCUCUUUGUGGGGGUGGGGCACCAUGUGAAUACUCUGAACUGCAUUCUGUCUCUUUAUAAAUGCAGGGAGGACAAACAUUUUCAAAGGGAGGGACUCAUUCACUAACGCACAUGUGGCUACAAAAACAAAGAACAAAGACACUCAUUUUACAACACGCAGGAGGCUGGCAGCUUCGUCCUCUGCUAAGAUCAUCAUCACUCCACUACAUCUGUAUGAAUAGCUUUUUGCUGCUAUAUGAAAAACCUGAUAUAUAGAACCUUUAAAAUUAAGUUAAACGAUUAGUUCAAUAACAGCUGAGUGCAAAGUGGAAGAGGGUGAUAGAUGCUUUAUAUUUGAAUGCAAGUUAAGCUCACUGAUUAAGGCUGAAGUUAUUUUAUACUUUCUAAUUGUUAACACCACAAUUAGCUUAGUUUUUAAGAAUCAACUGGUAACUCACCUGAACAGGAGUAAAGUUUACAUUUGUUUGGGAUUCUUUAUGGUUGCAAGCAUUUGCUGCACUGGGAAAAUAUAAAGCAUAUGUGAAUGCUGCAAAGAAAAUCAUGGUUUUUGCAACUAGGGGACAUCUCAGUCAGUAAAAUGAUGUGGUUUGUGUUUUUAAUUAACUUAGAAAUGAGGCCUUUAUGGCACAUUGGAAUGUAUUACAUCAGGCUUUAGUCUAGCAUUGAUAUUUAUUCAUAGGAUAAAUUCAUUGUUUUCUCUCUUUUUGGGAUGGUGUUUGUUAACAUCUCCAACAGUAUUCUCAACCUUUCCUUUACACUUUUAAACAACUACUGCAGUUAUGCAUCACACUGAUAUAUGGACAGGUUUGUAUUAUGUGGCCUGUGUCUGAUUGCUGAUUAAAUUAUUCCAUCAAAUCAGUUGCGCUCCCAACUGUAUUCAUCAUAUUCAGUUCGAUCAUUCUUCGGGGAAGUAUAGUUUAAUGUACUGGAUCAAGUGUUUAGAAAGGUGUGUAGAGUAGAGACUGUGUUAGAACACUUAUUCUGCUACAACAUGUUUUGAAUGAAACAUUUUGCCUCCUUGUGAGACCACAGUGCAAUGCAUGCUUGAAUCACACGGACCCAAGUGUUGCGCUGUUCCAGCAACACACCUUGUACCUUAUCUGUGGGAGGUUCCCAUGACCUGCCACUCAAAAUGUAAAGAUUUAUUUUGGUUUGGUGUGACAU